AUGCUCAAGGGUCUAUCAGGCUUCUCGAGGUGGAAUAAUGACCCGUGGUCCUCGUUCGCGUCAGCAGGCUCGACGGCAGUACAGACGGCGCUGGGCACUGCGCAGGGCGUCGUCGACGUGUCGGGUGUCAACCGGUUCGCGGUCAGGUAUGCUUCCGCUGAUCGCUGGCAGCCCUCGACGAUCGCGGCCACGUGGGAACUUCCUAAUGGCUCGACGAACGCGUCGGCCGUGCCGCUGAUGUGCCCGCAGCCUUCUGCGGACUCGUCGACGUACAGUGAAGAUUGUUUGUCGAUGAUCUUGUACGUGCCAGCCACCCUCACAGCUUCGAGUGGAGCACCCACCUUCAUGUGGAUCCAUGGCGGUUCUUUUAUGGUGGGCUCUGCGACCGGCGCUGGUCUUGACGGUUCCGCCUUGGCAAAAGCUACCAACUCCAUCGUUGCAGUCAUUCAAUAUCGUCUGGGAGCUCUCGGCUUUGUCGCACCGAAUGGGCAGACGAAUCUUGGUCUCAAGGAUGCAGUCAAUGCGAUGCAGUUCUUGAACAAUGUCGUGCCCGCCUUUGGAGGCUCUGCGUCGAAGAUUACGAUCGCCGGGCAGAGCAGCGGUGCUAACAUGAUUCGCGCUUUGCUCGCUGUACCCUCAGCGGACUCCUUGUUUCAGUCUGCUAUCCUCCAGUCAGACCCUAUGGACUACGGUUUCCUGUCCACAUCGGACCAGUCACAAAUCCAGGACUACUUCGUCUCCCAGCUGAACUGCUCUGCCACGGACGCCUCAUGCCUGAACGGCCUCUCGGCAGACAGCAUCGUCAACGGCGCCGGCCUCAAAGUCUUCAGCGACGCCUACACCGUCGUCCCCGCCGCGAACCAAGCCGAGCCGAUGCGCGUCGUGUACGACAACUCGUUCGUCACCUCCACGCUCGACUCCAGCACGCCCUUCCCCAAAGUAUCGAAGCCGAUCGUGCUCUCGAAUGUGCUCGACGAGGCCGCGCUGACGAUCUACGGGUACUACACCUCCUCCGUGUCCGAGUCGGAAUACGAGCAGGCCGUGAACGGCACGUUCGGCACGCCGCGCACGCAGGUGCUGCUCUCGUCGCAGCUGUACGCGUCCGACGCGCAGGACAGCGCGGAGGACUACCGGCCGAUGCUCGAGACGCUCGGCACGGACUCGAUCUGGCGAUGUGCGACGUGGACGUUUGCGCGGAACUGGGUCGCGAAUGGGGGGACGGCGUAUGUGGGGAUGUAUACGCUCGGCGCGAGUUAUCCGGGCAAUAGCGCGGUGGGGUAUUGUACGGAGGAGGGGGUCGUGUGUCAUCAGGAUGAUAUCGAGAUUGUGUUUGGCACGGUCCCGAGCCCGAGCGCCGCACAGACGUCGCUUGUCAAUGAGAUGCAGGCGCGCUACGAGUCCUUUAUGGCGAACGGCAAUCCGAAUCCGUCUGGGUCGUCCUACACGAGCUGGCAGGCUGCGACCUCUUCGGACGUUAACGCGAUCAACUUGGGGUCCUCUGGCCUCACCGAUGUUGGCGCGUGUACAACCAGUUUCUGGGGCGCCUCCGUCCAGUAUGACUAUCAGGUCUACAGCAUUUGA